AUGGUCUUUAAAUCAAACUGUGUGUUCGUAAUCACGUUAACUGCAAGGAUCUAUACAGAGAAGCGAGAGGUCAAACUUUACGAAAAAACGAAAAUGUUUCUCGUUCGUAAGAAAGAAAAUAAGGAUGAUGGAAAGGAGAAUAACAGAAAGGGUGUGAAAGGAGGCAUCUCGAAGGCACCACUGAUUCCGCCGAAGAAUGUGCAUUCAGCGACAGUCAGGAGUGGUGCUCAAUCAAGCUUGCGGCUCUGCUCAUCAUCAGUGACAAUAAAGUCUUCAAGUGAAGCACUUUCAUCCCAUCCAGAUAAACCUAUCACCCAAAAUGUUGAGUUAUCAUCGAAUGACUAUUCGCAGAAUGAAUUAUUCAACACAAGUAAUAGUAACGACAGUGUUUCAUCUGUGCAACAGCAAAACAUCAUUCCUUCAGUUGACGUAUCAUUUCCAAGGAGCAGUGACGAUCAUUUGCCAUUAUCAUCAGUCUCUCAUGAUAACUAUCAUCAAACGUCCACUUUUCAUACGUUUCCUUUAUUAAAGGACCUUCCCAAGUUAUCGUUACCUGCUUUAGCGCCAGUGCAAGUAAACGAACGUACUCUCAGACUUCAAAGAAAUUUCACAGAACUGAUUUUGUCGAGAUUGAAGGAUUGGCUAACGAAGUAUACUUGUUGUAGUGAUAAGGAUGAGUUGAAGGUGAUUUUGGAUUCAACGUACGUCGAACACAGUACCCUGACAUGCGCGGUGGUUUGA